AUGGAACCAGAGCCGACCAUUAGCGCUCUCCUUGAGGCUGUCACAGCCCUCACAGCCACCGUUGGGUCCUUACAGGACCAAAUCCGCUCCCAAGGCCAACAGCUCAGCGAACUUAAAGCCAUAUGCAAAGAGACCGCGGACCUUCUUGGAGACAAGGACCAAGGGGGAACCACCCAAACCCAAGCACAGCCUGGCCCAUCGGCUGGGCCUAUCACCCCUCCUUCUCACACAAGAGGUCAAGCCGACACUCCAAGAACGGCUAGGCCUGGGUUCAGGGACCCCUUCCGUCCCACCAGAGGCACCACUGGGUACGACUCCGAGGAAGAACCUCCAAGGAGGAUCAAGGAAGAACCUCGCAGAGCGCUUAGGGAUCUGAGGACCCUCACUCCCUUCAGUUCGGGCUUGGACACCAAACGUCCCAAAAUGGAGCUACCGGACCCAUUCAAAGGGGAAAUUUGA